AUGCUUUUUUAGCCUAUUUAAAUUUAUAGUAAAAGUCUAAUAAAAUUUUUAUUUAAAAAAGCUGAAAUAAAUUAAUUAAAUUUUAAAUUCAAAAAAGUUUAAAGCAUAAAGUUUAGAGAAAAGAAAAAAAAGACAAAAAAAAUGUAAACAGAUUAACUUGUUGAAAAUUUGUUAGAUCUAGGAUUUCAUACUUAUUUUUCAUAUGUGAAUGAAAGAAUGAAAAUAAUCUUGAGAAAAAUAAGUGAAGAAGAAAUUUAAGUCAGCUAAUACAUUGAAUUUAGACACUUGCUACCUUAGAUUUAGUUUCUUAGUAUAGAAGUUUAAAGAGAUGUUAUUUAGAGUUUAGACAAGCUUACUUAGUUCUUUGAUAGUCUACCUUAGAUUUCUGAUUUAAAAGAAUUAUAGGUUACUAUACAUUCAAAUAAUAACAUUUAAGCUGAGGGGUGUUAAGUUAUUUCGAAUUUCAUCACUUCUAAUAGCAAAAACCUGAAUUCAUUAGAUCUAAAGAUUCAUUAUAAUCAAAUUAAAGAGUAAGGAGGAAUGCAUGUAGGAUAAUGCUUACAACAGUUAACUAAAUUGGAAAAUCUGAUUUUAGAAAUAGGAAAUGAAAAUGAUAUCAGAGUUCUUGGCUGUGAAGCAAUAGGAAUAGCCUUAGCCUAGCUAAAAGAUUUAAAGAACUUAUCUAUAUGCGUUGGAGGGAAAAACAAUAUUUAAGGAAAUGGAGCUGCAAAACUUUUACAAGGGCUAAAACAUUUGAGUCUUAAUUAUUUUAAGUUAAGUUUGUUCCCUUAUGAAAUAGAUGAUCAGGGAUUUGUAGACAUGCAAAACGAGUUGACUUAAAUAAAAUCUUUAUAAACAUUAGAUUUAUCACUAAUAUUUGGCAAUGCUGAAAUUUAUGUUAAUGGAUUUAAAUAUCUUGGAAUGAAUUUGCCAUAAUUAGAUAAUUUAAAAGUAUUAGACUUUUAAUUUUAUGGUCCUAUAAGCAUUCCUCAGUCAAAUAAUCUUGUUUCUUAAAUAUACAAAUUGAAAUACCUGGAAUAGUUUAAGAUGAAUUUCUUACCAUAAGCUUCACUAUCUUCAUAAGUUCAAAUAGAUAGUUUUUUGCAAAGUCUUUCAAAGUGUCAAACACUCAAUAAAUUGCAUAUUACAUUACCAAGCUGUGUUUUUAGCAUAUCAAACUAAUUUGAAGAAGAAAUAUAAAUUCCAUUCCAAAAUCUCUUGGAUUUUGAAUUUAAGUUUGGAAAUGCAAGUCUUUCAGAUGAAGCUUCAAAUGCAAUUGGUGACUAAAUAAGCAAGAUGAUAAAAUUAGAAAAUUUAAAAAUUGAAUUAAGGAACAAUAGUGAUGCAGUUGAUUAAACCGUAAAAAAUAUUAUGAAAGGAGUUGAAUACUGUAGUUAUCUCAAAAGUUUCUUCUUUGAAAUAGGAAGUAAAAACAAAGUUUAGUCAGAAGGUGUUAGUUGCUUGAUAGGUUCUUUAUAAAAUAAGUACUAUUUAAAUAAUUUAACACUAAAGUUUGCAAGUGGAAAUAAAAUAGAAAGUAAAUCUUUUGACAACUUUUAAGAAGUUAGUAAAACUCUUUCUUCUCUCUAGGCUCUUACUUUGGAAAUAAAAGAGUCCAAUUUAAAAAGCCAAGAUAUUGUGACACUUAAAAACAGUCUCCAAAAUCUUUAAGCCCUUAGAGAUUUCAAAAUCAUAUUUAAUAGAAAUUAUGAUCCUGAAAAUCAAAACUAAAUAGAAGAAAGUAACGAAAUAACUUAAAAUUUUGGGGAGCUUUUUGGUGCAAUUAAAUCAAUCGAAGUUCUUUAGUUUAAUUACAUGCAAUAUUAGCAAAUAAGCUAGUUAAAUCAAAACAAUAUCUUUAAUGGGCUAUGCUCUAGCUUACUUAAUUUAAAGGUAUUACAAAUCAUGUUGUCAAACUAAAUAGAAUUUAAUUCUGAAAGCUUUUAACUACUUUAAACUGCUUUAUCCAAGUGUACUAGUUUGAUAGAGCUAGAAUUAAAAUUAUAUGGACGUAAUGAAGAAUAAAAUGAGACAAGAAUAGAUAGAAUUCUUAAUAACUGCAAUAAUUUGCUCAAAUUCUCAUAUCAAAUAUAAUUUAUUUGGGGUUAAGAAUUGAAGAGACUGAAUAAAAAUGCCAUGAAGAAAAAGAGAAUUCUCAUUAUAAAUAAAUUAUGA